AUGCUGGGAGCCAGGAUGUUCGGCGCGGAGCACAUGAAGCUCGAGUCCCGAACUAGAGGCUUAAUGAACGGCGCGACGCCAUCUCGGCGCGGCGACCACUACCACACUGCCGCAGGGCGGGGACACGGCAAGCUUGCGCGCCUCCCCGCACUGGGCCGACCCACAGCCACGCUCACGCUCAUAUGUGAUCGUGUGUGA